AUGGAGAGUCAAAUACUAGCCUUGCUUAAUCAAAAGUCAGACACUACUAAUAAGUAUAAAAACAAUGUCCAGUUUCCUAAGAAAGCCUUCCCACUUAAUAAAUCAUCUAAGUAGGGACAUCUAUCUCAAUCAAUAGAUAAGUCUUUAAGUCUUUCCAAGUAUGAAAAAGAAGCCUUAAUCUCAAACAUCAACGAGAACUUUGGACAAAUAGAGAAAUACUUGCUUCAAGGUGGCAACAAAACUAAGCAGAUCCUGCAAGAAGAUGAAUUGGUUCAACUUAUGAAUGGAUUAUUUACAGAGUAUAAAUUUGAUAAAAAAUCACAUAGCUCUUAAAAUUUCUAAAAUUUCUAUGACAAUAUGAAGUCUAUUAUUUAAGACUAGGCCAAAGCACAUUCACUCUACUUGAUAUCAUUGAUACUUAAGCAUAGAAUAACUCAUGAUAGAGUAAUGAGGCACUUUAAUCUGAACGUGAUUGAUAAAGAGGGCACUCAAUUUCAUUUCAUUUUCCAAUCGAUUUACAUAAUACUUUUAGCCUUAUCUAAAAACCCUGAACUUUGUUUGAAACUAAAUAGCAUACUGCCUAAGAAGGAGAUAUUGCUAUCAUGGAUUGAUGUCUUCACUGAGAUUCUAUUUAUGUACUCUGCUUUCAACCCUGAGUCUAGUUGUAUGUCAACUGGUGGAGUGCAGCCAUUACUGAAUAAGAUAAAUACCCUGAUUGACUAAGAUUUAAAAGAUCUAAAAUUAGCUUAGGAAUUGAGUGGCAAUAUAGAGUGUUUGAGAGAGAAUAAUGAGAUGUUUAGAGCUCUAUUGUUUAAGAAAUAGCAUGGAGAUGGAGAGAUUAUCAGAGAGUAGAUCACUAUUUGA